CUAUUAAAAUGUCUUCUACUAAUAAUAAAAACAACAAAUAUUUGUACAAAUGUAAUUAUUGUUUAGAAAAAAACAAAGACGGUUAUUGGUUAGCAAAAGCAACAUAUAAUUUACAUUUACGGCGGCAAAGACAUUUUCAACAAAUUAAUACAAGAAUCAAUGAUUGUACUAAUCCACUAUUAUUAAAUAAUGAUGAGAAUAAUGA